GUUGACAAUUCUCGAAGACUGCGAAGUGCGAACACAACGGAACGCAUAGAAAUGAGAAAAUUAUUCUCUAUUUUCGUGCGUAUUUAAUGGUGUCAAAUAAAAAAUCAAAAUUUAAGUAGGCCACUUAACAAGAGAAGUAAAAAUGUGCAGCAAGAGCCUUAUUUCAGUGUUGAUACUUUAUUUAUGUUUCGAUUAUGCUCAUCAGCACAAAGAAAAUCACAUGUCAAGAUUAUAUAGGCAGCUGGCUGCGCGACUGCCUGCUGCUAAUGACUGGGAUUUCUUGAUGUUUACUCAGCAAUGGCCUAGUUCUAUGUGCAAAGUUUGGACGCACAAGAAACCACAUCACCAUUGUGUAUUUCCUAAGAAGCCUGACUCCUGGACUAUCCAUGGAAUAUGGCCAACUAAGAAGGGAACCAAAGGGCCUUUUAACUGCAAUAACACUUGGCUAUUUGAUGUUGAGCAGAUCAGACCUAUUGAAAAUGAAUUGGAGGAAGCUUGGACUAAUAUUGAGAAAGAAACUGCACUCUACAAUCUAUGGGCUCACGAAUGGAACAAACAUGGCACCUGUGCUGCCAGCUUAGAAGCACUCAACAGCCAACUGAAAUACUUUAGCAAAGGCAUAGAAUUACUCAAUAAGUACCACAUGAAUGAUAUGCUCAGUGCUGCCAACAUAUUACCUUCUAAUACAACAGGAUUAAACGCUCAAGAUAUCAACAAGGCAAUCGCUUCAAAACUGGGUAUUCGUCCCUUCAUAGCGUGCGAAUUUGAAGAUGGAAUCCAGUACUUAAUGGAACUUCGUAUAUGCUUUGAUAAACAAAUGAAUGUGAUGGAGUGCGAGGGUGAACAUGAAAUCAAUGGGUUGAUAACAAACUGUGUUAUUUCUAAAGAAAUUAUGUACCCGGCUCGGGAACAACCCGCUAAUAGGCAACUGGUACAGUUAUACAAAUUUGUUAACUGGGUACAGUGGUUUACAUUGUAAUUUUGUGUUCAGAAUUUGAUAAAGAAAUAUUGUCGAAUUCUUCUGUAAAAACUACGGAGUAUAGAAAGAUAAGCGGAGAUGUCAUAAUGCAGGUAGGUCAGGCGCCUUCUUCUAGGUCAAGUUCAAACGGUGGGAAUGAACAAAACAGUCAGCUACGAGUAAACUAACGAGGCGUUCGGGUUCUUUGAUACAUCUGUCUACGAUUUUUGGUAUUACGAAAGGUCGGGUCCAAAGAAGGCGCAUGAGGGCGGAGACAGUAACGUUCCUCGUCUCCCGUUCAACCGCAUUUUGGCGCUAGGCGAUUUUCCAUUAUGGCGCCUCCGCUAGUCAUUUGUUCUCUAUGGUAAAACAUAGGUUUUGUUUGUUAACAGUUGCUCUAUUCCCUUCAAUUCUAGUACAAAAUAUGUUAAUAUUCUGUAUAUUUUACGGUAUCCUGUUUUUUGUAUCACUGUUUUAUUUUUAAAUCUUUCUUUGUAUUAUUUAAGGUUGUGUUUUUAUCCAUGUACUUAAUCCAGUGCAAUAAGUUUUAUUUUAAAAAUUAAUUUUAAUUUAUUGAAAGUGUGUCAAAAUCUGGGUCAUAAAUUAGGAUAAAUAAUGUACCUACAUUAGUUACCAGUUUGUAGUUUAGCCUUCUAUAAAAAAUUGAUUAUGCCGUCCAAUAGUAAAAUUUGCUUGAGUCUUCAAACCAAGCUAAAAUCAACUAUAGAUUUUCCCAGCACAAUAUGAGCUUUUGUCUUUGAAUUCAAAAUUGUCACACUGCCCAAUGUCAUUCAUUACUUUUUAUAAAAUUCUUCCAAGAUUUUUUUUAUUAAUUAUUUUAAAAUGUGUGUGUUAAAUUACAUUUUGUAUUUUUAUAGUUCUCCCCAAGCUUAUGGUGAAAUCGGAACGUUGCGAAACCAUUUUUAUUCACAUGCGCGCUCUGUGCUCUGAAGUUAGUCGCAAACCGCCAUUAAGUUUGGUGAGAACUACAAUAACUUAAACCCAAGUUCACCGACAACAUAAAAGGCAAUUUACUGUGACUUGGCACGUUGAAUUUUCAAAGUAAACAGUUUUUUAGGGUUCCGUACCCAAAGGAUAAGACGGGACCCUAUUGUUUUCGCUCCUCUGUCCGUCCGUCUAUCACCAGGCUAUAUCUCAUGAACCGUGAUAGUUAGAGAGUUGAAAUUUUCACAGAUGAUGUAUUUAUAUUGCCGAAAUAACAACAAAUACUGAAAACCAGAAUAAAAUAAAUAUUUUUAUGAAAAACGGACGUUUAUGUUGUCGGUGAAAAUGGGCGUUAGUAAGACAUUUCUUAAGUGCCUUGUAUGUCACAUGCCAAUCGCUUCAAGUCAUUAGUAGGUUAACAGUGGAUUUCUAUAACUGACCUAUCCAUUGUUUUGCGAAUAGAGAUUGAAUUGCGGAUAGAUUAUUUAUAGAAUUCUGCAGAUAGUAGAGUCUACCAACCACGACUCAGUCCGGCGGAAAAAUGGUGAAAAUAUUUUUUUGCUUGUAAUUAGCAAUUACUGAACUAUGGCAUAGACACUAGCGCUACAUCUAUGGUACUGAGUCGGGGCAUAGACUCUAAUGAUGAAUUUCAAACUAGAUUUUAAGCAGAUGUAUUAAAUUGUCAUAAUAUUUUAUUACUUAUAUUGUACUUACCUAACACAGAUAGACAGACAUUCGAUGUAGAUAUUUAAUACGAUAUUAGCUUCAAUAUAUUUUUAGAUGAUAUUUUUGAUAAAGCUUUCUAUACUGCCGGAUUUCUGAUACUUACGCCUCGCUUCUAAAAUAAAAAAAAAUCAUAAAAAUCGAAAUCAAAUUCUUUCUCCUAUCUUUCGCUAACUUAUUAACUUAGCUUCUGUGCCAAACUUUGAUGUAGAAUUUAUAAUAUUUCUUAAUAAAUAUUUAAUAAGCUCUCUUUCUCCUUACCAAAGCAAAACUAGAUUCUUAUAUUGUGGCAAAAUAAAUCAAUUCAAAAGAUAAUUACCUGCCUAUGUAUGUAUAUUUUUGUAUUCAUGAAAUAAAUAUUAUUCAGGUUUUUA